AUGAAUUCAAUCCCUCUUGAACUUCUGCACGAGAUAUUCUCUAGAUUGCCUGUCAAGUCAAUAGCGAGAUGUCGUUGCGUGUCGGAGCAAUGGAGGUCCAUACUUUGCAGUGCAGAAUUUACCGAGCUCUUCUUAACCAAGUCUUCCACUCGUCCUAGUCUCUUUUUCGUCAUGAGAAGAUCUAGAAACAACGAGUUUCUCUUCUUUUCGUUUCCUCAGCUUGAUAGUACUGAAGAUGACAAGUCGUCCGUAGCCGCCUGCGUUCAGUUCGAGUUCUGGAAAGACUUCCCGGUUGAACUUUGUGGUUAUGCCUCUGGUUUGUUCUUGUUACGUCGAGUGCCAAUCUCGAAGGAGGAGAAGUAUACGGAGCAUCUGAUAUGUAACCCUAGCACAGGACAGUAUGAGUUCUUACCUACAGUGAAGACGGGUUGUGUGAGCUCCUUAGGGUUUGAUCCCAUUGACAAGGUGUUCAAGGUAGUGUCAUCCAAUGCAAGACUCCCUCGUGUUUAUACUACAACAUUUGUCAACUACAAGGGUAAAUUAGGUGUGAUAAGAUGGACAUGUCGUGAAAGUAUGACUAUUUGGGUUCUAGAGGAUGCCGAGAAAAAUGAUUGGUCGGAACAUCGAUUCACUCUUCCUGGUGAUAUAUUCAGUGGCACUGGCUCUGUUAACGCAGUUAGAGUAACCGCUACAGGUGAAAUUGUUUUGAUGGAGAACUAUUAUCAGUCCAAGCCGUUUAAUGUUUUCUACUUCCAUCCCGAAAGGAACACUGUCAAACGCCAUGAAGUCCAAGUUGGCUAA